UCCAGUAACUUUACAAUUGAUCUCGACUUGGACAUCGAAAUUUACCAAAAAGUAAAACUUUUUCUUUCGAAACAAAAACCAACAUAAGUUUCGAUAUCGUAAAUAUUAUCGACAAUAUUAUCAAUUGAACCAUCACAAUCAUCAGUUAAUUGUUGCUAAUCAGUAAAUUUUUUCUCUCUAAACAGACAAUUUAAACAAUGGAUACAAAUCUUCAAUCACUAUCAUUGGAAACAAUUAACUUACUGUGUUUUCAUCAUUGGGAACUGAUAAUCAACUGAUUUUUAAUCAUCUUUGUGUGUGUUUUGGUUUAAACGUUCAAAUAUAAUACAAUUAGUUAAAUUGUUCACUUGUUAUUGUUAAUUUUAAUUCAACAUCUUAACUUAUUGAAUCAAAUUCAUAAUGAUUCAAUUAAAACAAAUCACCAACCUAAUUAAUUCAUCAUCAUUAAUCAUAUUGUACAUCAUCAUCAUCUUAAUUACUUUAGGUUAUCACAUUGGAGUUGAUGGACUAAGGAUAAACAGAAUUGAAGUUCCCUCAUCGGUUCCUAAUGGUUCCCGUGUAGUUUUAUACUGUGAUUAUGAUCUCGAAGGUCUUGGCCUGUAUUCCGUUAAAUGGUAUAAGAAUUAUGUUGAAUUUUUCCGAUUCAUUCCUUCAGGAUCGGAGCCAGAAGCUACAUUUCCACUCGAAGGUGCCUAUGUUGAUAUUUCAAACUCAAAUGCUACUCAUGUGACUCUCACUCGAACUGAUCUUAAUUCUGAAGGUUCAUAUGCCUGCGAAGUGUCAACUGAUCAAAUGUACACCACAAUUAGAGCGGAGAGACAAAUGAAAAUCUAUGUUUUACCUGAUGAAAAGAUGACCAUUGAAGGAAAGGAGCUCGAAUAUGACAUUGGUCACAUUAUCAAUUUAACUUGUAUUUCAGGUCCAUCUAAACCAGCAGCACGAUUAUCUUGGUAUAUUAAUGACCGAAAGCCAACGUCCGGUGAAAAGCUCACUAAAUCUGUACAUAAUACAACCAAUGGUCUUUUUGUUACGAAAUUAGGAUUAGUCUUCCAUAGUCAUACAAGUUACUUUGAAAAGGGUUUACUCAGAAUCCAAUGUAGAGCAAAUUUAAUCCUUGCUUUUCAAUUUGAAUCAUCUGAAUAUCCACUUGGUGAUAGUUCAAGAAGUAAAUCUCAUAAGCAUCUCUAUGGAGCUGAAGUAAAGGUUGAAAAAGAGGCUCCGUUAAUCCUUAAAAGAGAUAAUCUUGUUAAUAAGUAUCGAGUCAAUGAUACACUUUAUCUUAAUUGUACAUCUCAUUCUAAACUUGCUCAUCUUAGUUGGUUCAUCAAUGAAGACAAGGCCAACGAAUCUCAAAUAAGACUGUACAGUGGCCGUAAACCAGGACUCCAAAUUCUUGGACUUAUCUUGACCAUUGAACAGCAACAUUUUCAGUUACCUGAAUUUAAGGUUAGAUGUGUUGCCACCAUAGAUGAGAAGGUGGUUGAUUAUAAUUCAGAAGAGAUUCAAAUUCGGACGGAAAGACAAAUAGCUGAAUCUUCAUCAUCUUAUCAUCCAAACUAUGCCAAUUACGCCAAUAAAGUAACGGAGAGUGGCCUUAUCUCACACUGGACUCAAAUAGUGGUAACCAUCAUGUUCAUCAUCUUUUUCAAAUUAAUAGUUACAAUGUUUACACAAUUUCCUAGCCAAUGUAAACAAAAUGAUUAACUUAAUUUAAUCUCUUUUCUCAUCCUCAUCAUUGUUUUUUUUCAUCACUUUUUGUUGGUCAUCUUUUGCUCCCUAUCUUCUUACCACUUCUAUUUGUCUCCCACACUAUCAAAGUUUAAGGAAAAUAAAAAAUUUUCAGAUGAAACUUAUGCUUUUUUAUAUUAUUGAGAAAAUGUAUCAGUUUUUUUAUUGUUUCCUGGAAAAUAAAAUACCGGACAAAACAAAUAGAUGGACAAACAACUGGACAUUAGAUGUAAUUACAUGGAAAAGUAAACAAAAGUGUUUCAAGUAAAUAGAUCAUCAGUCUGUUUGUUUUAACUGGAUUAUAAUUGUUUCAGAUGAUUAAUUAAAGAGAUCGUUUUAUUUGUUGAUUGUUGAUCGUUUUUGCUUUGAAAAAUUAAGAUUCAAUUGUUCAGGAAAAUUAUGAACGUUUCUUGAUGAGAUUUUAAA